CGCGGUUCACAGGCAAAUUGUUUUUAGGAAGUGGUUUUUAAAGAGAAGUAUGAAGCAAAGAGGAGCUGGAAAUCACUGCAGAGAGCUCAGAUAAUGUCCCGGGUCUUUAUUCUCCUCUGCUCCUGCCACACAUCUUUCUCCAUGUGUGUGUCAACAAACUAAAAAGGUAAAAAUUUUUUGCACAGCUUGACCAUGCUGCUCACAUAACUCGUUGGAAGUUUAUGGGACCUUCGGGGGCAAAAGGGGAUCUCAGGACUGUUAAGUGCAGGUCACUUUUGGGAAAAAAGGUUUUUAACCUCCAUGACUCCAUCGUAGCACUUGGCCGGUGCUUCUAACAACUGUGUGAUGGAGCAGCCUCUGCUCGGAGGAGCGCCGGCCAGGCGCUGCUGCUCCUCCGGCACGCUGAAGGCCUGGCUGCCCAUCCUGUCCUGGCUGCCUCGCUACAACCUGAAAUGGCUUCAAAUGGACGUCCUGGCCGGCGUCACCGUGGGGCUCACCACGGUCCCGCAGGCGCUGGCCUACGCCGAGGUGGCUGGACUUCCUGUGCAGUACGGCCUGUACUCUGCCUUCAUGGGGGGGUUCAUCUACACCGUCCUGGGGACGUCUAAAGAUGUGACUCUGGGUCCCACGGCCAUCAUGUCCCUCCUGUGUUACUCUGUGGUUGGGGGCGAGCCCUGCCGGGCCGUGCUGCUCACUCUCCUCUGUGGACUCAUCCAGGCCACCAUGGCUUUACUGAGAUUAGGUUUUCUGCUGGACUUCAUCUCUUAUCCUGUUAUAAAAGGCUUCACUUGUGCUGCUGCAGUAACGAUUGGUUUUGGCCAGGUCAAAAAUAUUCUGGGAAUCCACGGCGUCCCGCAGCAGUUCUUCCUGGAGGUGUAUUACACCUUCUACAGGAUCCCGGAGGCCAGGGUCGGGGACGUGGUCCUGGGCCUGCUUUGCCUCGCUGUCCUGAUCAUGCUGACCUUCAUGAAGAUGAGUCUGACCUCUGAAGAUGCUCCCGCUUGCCAAAGAGUCGCCAGGAAUAUUGUGUGGGGCGUCGCGACCAUGCGUAAUGCUCUGGUGGUCACAGCCGCAUCCCUCGUAGCAUUUUCCUGGGAAGCUUAUGGCCAUCACGUGUUUACAAUAACUGGGCAGACUGCCAAAGGACUCCCGCCAUUCAGACCACCACCAACCUCAGACAUCACACCCAACGGUACUGUGGUUUCCUUCAGGGAGAUUGUGGAGGGAUUCGGAGGAGGACUGGCAGUGAUCCCCUUCAUGGGCCUGCUGGAGAGCAUUGCUAUUGCGAAAGCUUUUGCCAGCCAAAACGACUACAGGAUCAAUGCUAACCAGGAGCUGCUGGCAAUCGGUGUGACCAACAUCAUGGGCUCCUUCGUGUCAGCCUACCCUGUCACUGGCAGCUUUGGGAGGACAGCAGUGAACUCUCAGACUGGUGUUUGCUCUCAGGCAGGAGGGAUCAUCACCAGUGUCAUUGUGUUGCUGUCCUUGGCCUUUCUCAUGCCGGCCUUCUUCUACAUCCCCAAAGCUUCCCUGGCUGCUGUGAUCAUUUGUGCAGUCGCUCCCAUGGUGGAUUUCCGGGUUGUGGUCAAGAUGUGGAGGAUUCACAAGCUGGACCUGCUGCCGUUUUUUGUGACAUUCCUGAUGAGCUUCUGGCAGGUGCAGUACGGCAUCAUGGGAGGUGUGGCCAUGUCUGGAGUUCUGCUGCUUUACAACAUGGCCAGACCCCGGAUAAAGGUGUCUGAGCGUGGAGUGUUGGUGAUGGAGCUGGACAGCAGCCUCAGUUUUCCUGCCACGGAGUACCUCAGCCACAGGCUUCACACCCAGGCUCUGCAGGUGUCCCCCCCGCGGUCAGUGGUCCUGGACUGCCAUCACGUCAGCCACAUCGAUUACACGGUGAUCAGCGAGCUGAGAGACCUGCUGAGGCAGUUCAAACUACGAGAAGUGAAUCUGAUUUUUUCCAGAGUGCAGCCUUCUGUUCUGAAGGUUCUGCAAGCCGCCGAUCUGGAGGGCUUCAGGCAUUCGGACAGCGUGGAGGCGGCACUACAGAUGGAAGCAGCAAGUGUCGGCAUUGCAUAACAUCUACAGCUUUUUAAUGACAGCAGCGAUGGAAGAUUUUUGAUACUGGACAGACAGAAAGUGGCAAUAACUCUGACGUUUUGUAAACUAUUUGGAUUUAUUAGCCUGUUAUGACUGAAAGGAGAUUAACUACCUCCAGCGGCUGUGGAUGGACAGAAAGCGUCUCACUGAAGCUUUUAUCUGUGAGAUUGAACUUUGGAAGAUACUAGGGAGAUUACAGCACUACCUUAGUGUUGCAUAAGAACCUUGAAUCAUAAAGCGACAAAUGCACUGUCAUGGGAACAUUUUAUAUGAUGCAUGAGAAAGGGUAUCAAUCCAUGUGUUUUUUUAUAGCCCCCCAGUGCUGAUUGCAUUGAGCUGGAGUCUCUUGAGGUGAAAAGUGAGAUACGACACAGACAGAUUGCGUGGGUAGAUGAGAUUGUGAGGAUUGGUUAAGAUUUGCACAGACAGACAGAAGACCAGUUUAUUGCUACUAAAGAAAUUUAACAGGGGUGAAGCUGGAAGCUGGAAGUUCCCUGAGAAGUCAAUCCUAUGCACACACAGGGAGAACAUGCAAACUCUGCACAAUAUAGCAGUGUCUUGUCUUUGGGAUGAAUGUGACCUGUCGGACACCAAAUCUCAAUAUUUUAGAAGAAGAGGAACUGAAGCUUGAAGCUGACACAGAUAAUAUCGAAACUUGCUAAUAUAUAUGUCAAGUGAAAUGAAAGUUUUAAAAGUUGAAAAUAUUAAAUGUUUUCUAAUUCUUUUGUAUUAACAUUGACAUUUUAUAUGUAUAAAAUAUGAGAAAGUGAGAGAGAGAGUGUACUUUUUUUCUGUUUCACUCACCACAUUCAUGAAAUUUUCCUAAAUA